AUGCGCAUUGUCAGUGGCAUAACUGCCAUCCUGAGCCUUGCUGGUUCCGUGUCCGCAGACCUACAUCCUCGCUCUCAAGAGACCCGUGACUUCUUCGCCCUCCACCUUGACGAGACCACCUCCCCCUCCCACAUUGCACAGAUCCUGGGUGCACGCCACGAGGGCCAGAUUGGUCAACUAGAUGGCCAUCACACUUUUUCAUUGCCGCGCGAAGAGACGGCUCAGUUUGACACUUUGUUGAAAGACCUGCGGACCAGGCGAAAGCUUCGGCGGCGGGACGGACUCGAUGAGCGCGGGACAGGUGAUGAUCCCCUAGACAAGAUCUUGUGGUCGCAUAAGAUCGCUCCAGCACGCCAGCGACUGCAGAAACGACUUCCACCAGUCUCUGUACCCUAUAAAUCGCUGGACAAGAGGAAGGAAAAUGCGCAGGUCGUUGCCUUCCAGAAAGAGGCCAUGUCAUCUUUAGGGAUCACUGACCCGAUCUUCAGAGAACAAUGGCACCUUGUCAACACAUUGCAGCCCGGACACGAUCUCAAUGUGACAGGACUGUGGUUGGAGGGGAUAACUGGCAAGGGCGUUGCCACUGCAGUUGUCGAUGAUGGGCUGGACAUGGAUAGCAACGACCUCAAGCCCAACUACCUCCCGGAGGGCUCCUGGGAUUUCAACGAGAAUCUCCCGGAUCCCCGCCCUCUUCUCCUUGACGACAAGCAUGGUACUCGAUGCUGCGGCGAGAUCGCGGCGGCAAAGAACGAUGUUUGUGGAGUUGGUGUGGCGUACGACAGCAAGAUAGCCGGUAUCCGGAUCUUGUCCAAACCCAUCGAUGAUGUCGAUGAAGCGGCAGCCAUCAACUUCGGUUACCAAAAGAAUGACAUAUAUUCAUGUUCAUGGGGCCCCGUCGACGAUGGUGCUACCAUGGAUGCGCCUGGGAUCUUAAUCAAGCGAGCCAUGACCAACGGUAUCCAAAAGGGCCGAGGGGGUAAAGGCUCGAUCUACGUCUUUGCCGCCGGUAACGGUGCGGCAUAUGGGGACAACUGCAACUUCGAUGGGUAUACCAACAGUAUCUACAGUAUCACAGUUGGUGCCAUUGACCGAGAAGGAAAACACCCCAGUUACUCCGAGUCCUGCUCGGCCCAACUUGUGGUCGCAUACAGUAGCGGGUCCGGCGAUUAUAUCCACACUACCGAUGUGGGGGCUAACAAGUGCUUCUCUGGGCAUGGUGGUACCUCUGCAGCUGGUCCGCUGGCCGCCGGCAGCGUGGCACUCGCGCUCAGCGCGCGCCCAGAGCUCACUUGGCGUGAUCUACAAUACUUGAUGGUGGAGACGGCGGUCCCCGUGAGCGAGGACGACGGUAGCUGGCAGGAUCUGCCCUCUGGCCGCAAGUUCAGCCAUGACUGGGGUUUUGGAAAGGUUGAUACAUAUACCAUGGUCCAGCUUGCUAAGACUUGGGACCUUGUGAAGCCGCAAGCGUGGCUCCACUCGCCCUGGCUGCGAGUGCACCAGGACAUCCCCCAGGGCGACAAGGGUCUGCUUAGUCGCUAUGCGGUGACUGAUGAUCAAUUGAAGAAGGCCAACAUCGCCAAGUUGGAACAUGUCACUGUGACUAUGAAUGUCAACCACACCCGCCGCGGUGAUAUCAGCGUUGAGCUACACAGCCCUGCUGGAAUCGUCAGCUAUCUGAGUGUUGCCCGCGAAAAGGAUGACAUGGCGGUCGGGUACGACGACUGGACUUUCAUGUCUGUUGCUCAUUGGGGUGAAUCUCCUAUUGGCAAUUGGUCUGUCAUUGUGAAAGACACCAAUGUCAAUGAACACUCUGGCACGUUCAUUGAUUGGCGACUCAAUCUAUGGGGAGAGGCCAUCGACGGGACUAAACAAAAGCUUCACCCUCUGCCAGACGAGCAUGAUGACGACCAUCCCUAUGAGGAUGCUCCUGUGGCCACGACUAGCAUUACGGCGGUUCCAACAAAGACCGCAACCCCUGCCAAUCCGGGUGACCACCACGACCGGCCUGUGAACUCAAAGCCACAGCCAUCAGCUACGAAGCCUACGCAGCCACUUGCAGAUGAGAAGAAGCCCAUCAGCACUACUGGAAGUGAAGCUGAAACCCCAUCCCCUUCCUCUACCGGAUCAGGCUAUAUAUCCUCUUACCUUCCCACAUUUGGUGCUUCGAAGCGAACACAAAUUUGGAUUUAUGCAUCCUUGGCCAUGAUCAUUACCUUCUUCAUUGGAUUGGGUGUCUACUUCCAGGUACAAAGAGUCAAGCGUCGUCGCACCACUGCUCACGACAACUACGAUUUCGAAGUGAUCGAGGACGAGGAUGAAAUACAACCAAUGACUGGAGCAUCUGGCCGAACACAGCGUCGUGGUGGUGAACUUUAUAAUGCAUUCGCUGGAGAGAGUGAUGAGGAAAUGUUCAGUGAUGAUGAUGACGAGCCGUAUCGUGAUGGGUCGGCCAAUAUCCGGGAAAAGGAUGGCGAAGAUGGAUCAUCCCACGAUGGCUCCUAUCGGGAAAAACCCUGA